AGACGAACUUAUUUAGUUUGCAACAUAAUGUCAAUGUUUGCUUUUAGUGGCUUCAAUGGAUUUGGCCAGUUCGGCGGCGAUCGUCAACGAAGCGAAAAUACUUUUAUAGAUAUAUCUUCCGAAAAGUUAACGAACUUUCAGAAUGGUAAUUUGCUAGUUGCUGUCAGUUGGAGUUACACUGCUUACGCCACAGAAAAUCAGCUCGUAUUGCGAGGCUUUUUAUCUGGUAAACCAAAAUCUACAACUUGCAUACGAAGUGCAGAUAUCAUUACACAAUUGGCCGCUUGUGAUAAGUUCUGUCUUGCGCUAUGCGAAAAUGGCAAAUUGUUUAAAGUCCGCCCCGAAAUCGACGGGAAACUAGAGGAGGUGAAGAUUGAUGCCGAAGUGCAAACGUUGCCGCAGAAACGCUCUAUUUUUGGCGAACCGCGUCCAACACCGCAGCGAGCAGAACGUUUGCAUAUUACGCACAUCGCGUGUGGUUCCAACAUCACCGUUGCUGUUAGUGCAACAAAUGCAGUCUACAGCGUGCCCAGUAAAAUCCAUCAAUUCCCAAAGCAUUUUCGUGUGCGUCAAAUACAAUGUGGGUUUGAACAUGCGCUGCUGCUUAGCGCCAAUGGCGAUAUCUACAGUUGGGGCAACGGCUUUCGAGGACAAUUGGGUCAGGAUGUGCUGCGUGUAGAGGAAACGCCGGUGCUGAUAGAAGCGCUCGCGGGCGUGAAAAUAAAUUUUGUAGCGGCUGGAGGCUGGCAUAACGCGGCUAUUUCCGCUUUUGGCGAUCUCUAUACCUGGGGUUUCAAUUCCAACGGACAAUUAGGUUUACGCAUAUUUAAAUCCACGAUUUCGGGAAAACUUAAAGAGCCAGCAGUGUUUGUGUUACCACAAAUUGUGGAAAUACCAGCGUGCAAGUGCCUGCGCACCAAAGAUGUUGAGGAAAUUGAUAGCGCAGCACAGGGAGAGGUCGUAGCAGCGGAAUGUGUGCCAGUAAAAGUAUUUGCAGGCGCACGACAUACGAUUCUACAAAUGAAUUGUGGUGUAUUGUUUGCUGCUGGCUGGAAUGCACAUGGCCAGUUGGGUGUGGGACGUCAGACCGAAUAUUGUGAUGAGUUUGAGCAUAUAACCUCUAUUGAGGGCAUAGUUGAAGGAUUGGGGGUUUUUUGUGGCGCGUGGAGUACUGUAAUUGCUAGAAAAAGUUGAUAAUUAAUUAGUUUCAGAUUUAGAGUAUUCAUGUGUAUAUAAAAUGAGGCUAAUACAUACUUUGUGAAUAACAGUCCCUUUAUAUGAGUAAUGCAUAGUUAAUUAUUAUCUCUAGUUUGUACAAUAAUUAAAGCCUUAAAUGUGAUAAUGAAAUAGCUGAGAUGAAUGAGUAAUAUAAUUGAAAUUUAAUAUGUAUGUAUGUAUGUAUGUAUUUAAUAUUAUAUUUGAUUUCUGUGAAAUUUAAUCGUAGCUGAGUAGAAAAGUUAUAAAUAUGAUAAAAAAAUGUUUGUAUGCACGUUUCUGUGUACGCUUGAUAAAACAAAUUAAGUUCACUCAGCACUUUUACUCUGUCAGCCACUAAAUUGUUUGAUUUUCUCGAAAUAUUUCGGCAACCAGUCAUUUAGGCGAUUACUACCGUUAAAAAUAAAUGAAUAAGAACAUUUUUUAGAAUUGAGAAUUAUGUAAAUUAAUGUUCUAUAUUAUCUUAGCUGAGGAUAAGAAGGACAAAAAAAAAUGUUUUUUUCUUGAUACUACCCCGUAAAGAAAUAUAAUAGAAAGAGGCAUCCGAUCAAGUUAGUACAGGGUGGGUCAAAUAAGACCUACUAAUGUCCAGCAGCAGGUUCAUAGUUUGCCU